GGGGGGAGGAGGGGGUGUAUCACAAUAAAAUCUAAAUGGAUAAAUUUAACUUCUUUUCUCAUCACGGAGGAAUAAACAGUAAAAAAUAAACAGCAUUAAUAGGAAGCUGAGGAUUCUCUACAUUACAUGAAAUCUGUUUUCUGCUGUUGAUUAAACUAAAAUGCAGCUUUCUGUCAAACUAAGCACCCGUUUAAACCUUUACACCCUUAAAACAACCGUUUUUACUUUAACUUAUUCCUCUUGAAACAUUCAGAAUCGUGUAUUUUUUUGUCCUUUGACUGAUUUGAUGUUUCUGAGGAAAUGAAACGACAGGAAGCAAGAAAACAGGUCGUUUCUUUAAAGUAAAUACGUUUUAAAUGGUGGGAAAGUAGACCGCUUUAGUUCUUUGACAAGACUAAAUGCUGCCAUUGCAUCCGCGUGCAAAAAAAAAUAAAAUUUGAAAAUGUUUCUGUAAAAUAUCUUCUUAAAUUUGGUUUCUUCUUGUACGCGCUUUGGCGCACAUGCAGAGCGCAGACGCCGUCUCUCCUGCAGGCCUGUAAAACAUUUCCAUCUUUUUACAAACCUCUUUGGUUGGUCUGGUCUCGGGACCGGGACCGAGAGAGGAGGAGGGGGAGAGGGAGAGGGUAAGUGGAAGUGGGCUCUCCCGGCUGCCACCGCGGCGCCCUAUAGGCCGCCCCCGCCGUCCGUCAGAGCGGGGACGCGCGCCGAUUGGCUGCAGGAGGCGGAUCCGCAGGUGUCCUCCGCUCAUAGAGGCGCAGGGCGGAGAGAAGGUGAUCAAUCUCCAUCCGUCUCCUAGAAAUCACCUUAACACUCUGACAGACAACGACAAGCCCCCUGAAAGCAAAUGAGUUUGAUUUAUUUGGCUGCAAUAAAAAUAAAAGAAGAGAGAAACACCCGGAACCGCACCGAGGACGCGGUGACUCCCCGCGCGCUGAUAAACUGCGUGUUUUUCUCCGCGAUGCCGCUCCGUUUGCACACUGUUGUUUGUUUUUGAGCAAGUCGGCCGUCGUCUGAGUUUUGUGCCCUGCAGACUUCCCACUGCUGGAUACUUUACUGCUGCUCGCGUGUUGUUGCCCGAAGAGCUCGGGAGAAGAGAAGAGGCGGAAAUAAACCAGUGACUAGGAUCGGCCCCCUGUCCCGUCAAGCUGCAGCAUCGGGGGAAACCGAACCACUGGCCUGAGCUGGGUGGAGCAGUGACCGCCUGUAGCAUGAUGUCCUACCUCAAACAGCCCCCCUACGGCGUCAACGGCCUGGGGCUCAGCGGCGCUGCCAUGGACCUGCUGCACCCCUCAGUGGGCUACCCAUCCACUCCCAGGAAGCAGCGCCGGGAGCGGACCACCUUCACCCGCUCUCAGCUCGACAUCCUGGAGUCUCUGUUCGGUAAGACCCGGUACCCGGACAUCUUCAUGCGCGAGGAGGUCGCUCUGAAGAUCAACCUGCCGGAGUCCAGAGUGCAGGUGUGGUUCAAGAACCGGAGGGCCAAGUGUCGCCAGCAGCAGCAGAGCGGCAACAGCGCCAAAGCCCGGCCGCCCAAGAAGAAGUCGUCUCCGGCCCGGGAGAGCACGGGCUCCGAGAGCAGCGGUCAGUUCACGCCGCCGGCCGUCUCCAGCACCGGUUCCUCCUCGUCCUCGUCCUCCUCCGCCAAUCACACGGGCCCGGCGGCGGCGGCGGCGGCGCUCAGCAGCACCUCUACCUCCAUCGGCACCAUCUCCUCCAUCUGGAGCCCCGCCAUCUCCCCCGGAAACGCACCCGUUACCGCUGUGGCCCCGCUCCCGGAGCCCGGACCCGCCUCCAACGCCUCCUGUAUGCAGCGUUCGAUGGCGGGCUCCGCCGCCGCCGCCACCUCCUACCCGAUGUCCUACAACCAGACGCCGGGCUACGGCCAGAGCUACCCGACCCCGUCCGGCUCCUACUUCAGCGGCGUGGACUGCAGCUCCUACCUGGCCCCCAUGCACUCCCACCACCACCCCCACCAGCUCAGCCCCAUGGCGGCCUCCUCCAUGUCGGGCCACCCGCACCACCACAUCGGCCAGUCGUCGGGCCACCACCACCACCACCACCACCAGGCCUACGGCGGCUCCGGCCUGGCCUUCAACUCCUCCGACUGCCUGGAUUACAAAGAGCAGACUGCAGCCUCCUCGUGGAAGCUCAACUUUAACACCACAGACUGCUUGGACUACAAAGACCAGGCCUCCUGGAGGUUCCAGGUCUUGUGAUCAAGCUUUUUAUCCCCCCCCCCCUUCUCCCUGCUCUCCGGCUCCCCCUCUUCUUCUUCUUUCAUUCCCCACAUUAGCAUAUUGCUUGUUUUUUGAAAAGGCAAAAAGAGUUUAUGAACCACAAGAUCAGCAAUCGGACUUUGUUUUUCCCUCCCUCUCUCGUCCUCCACGUCUUUUAGAAAACAUAUUUAACAAAAACAGAAGAAGAGAAACAGAUGAAGUUCUGAGAGGAGAGAACAUCCGGAGCAGCUUCCUGACGAUGAACGAGUUAACGAAGCUCUCUGGAGGAAUACGCUCCCUCUGCUGCACCUCUUUACCUCCGGACCCCCAAAUCAAACCCUGUAUAGUUUUUAUUUCUCAAAUUGGUUAUUUUAGGAUGACAGAGAUUUUUAGUCAGCGACGUCGAGGAGCUGAAAUAUGUAAAUAUGUAUUUGGGUCAGUUACAUUGACCAUGUUUUAGUUGGUGCGUUUUUUUGUUUUUUUUUCCGAAUUUGAAAAAUUGUUUAUUACCACUUUGGGAGAAAAAAAACAAAAGAAGAAAAAAAACAACGUGUAUGUAAAUCUUUCCAAAGAGAACAAAUUGGCCAUAAAGUUCAGCUUUUAUAUGUUUCACUCAGAAAAAAUAAAUGUUUUACAAUUUGAAAUGUCUUGAGGGGAAAACUCUAAAACAUAGAUGCAGAACUCUUCUGGACGUUUGUCCAGUUUGUUUUCCAGAUAUUAUUAUUAUUAUUGUUAUUAUUAUUCUAACCUCUAUACAUUCUCAAAGCUGGCCUCCUCUCAUUGGACAUGUUUGAAACCGCAGCACUUGACUUGAUAUUUGGAGUCAGAGCGUUUUUAUUUUUUCUGAAGAGGAAAAAAAUGUGGAUUAAUAUCUCCAGAAAUGACAGUAAGAUGUUGAAUGUAUCUUUAAGGAGAAACCACCCUCGCAUACAUGUUCAUCCAAUAAAGAUCCGUUCAGUCAUCUCGAUCCUCCGCACUGGAUUCUGUCUCACUUCCGUCCAACAACGAGUCAUGUUUUACUUUAUUUUAUUCCAGAACAUAAGGAGAUUCCUGUUUUCUCUCGUUUUGAAUUAGUCACUCUUUUAUUUAAAAGCUUGUUGAUUUAUUUGUAUUUCCUCCUAAUUAUAACGGGGUAAAUGCAAAUGAGUCCAUAAUUAAUACGAGGGGCCUCGCGCAUCCCUGUGUCUUAAUCCUCUGUCUUAAAUUGAAACACGAACGUCUCCCCUCGCUUCAGGGAGACCAAGUGUCUGUUUCUCUCUUCUUCUUUUUUUUUUAAACUGCAGCGUUAAAAAAAGGCCCUAAAUAUUGAGCCGCGAGACAUUUGAUCGAGGCGUAAUUGAAUGCAGCGCGUGAUAAUUACUCCCGCGCCCUCAGUUGGUUUUCUCCAAAAUAACCUGCAGGAAUUCUAACCGCCUCUGAUGCGUAAUUGCGAAGGUGGGGCAGGUUAGGGGGUCAGGUGCGGGCGUGUGUGAGUGUGUGUGUGUGUGUGAUGCUUGCAGGCAUACACGCAUUAUAAAAGAGGGGGGGGGUCACUGAAAGAAAACAUCGCGUCAGUUCUCUGGCGAGGUUGUUUCUGGAGGAAAACAUCGCUUCAUGCAAAUUAAUUUCCCCCAAUAUUUAAAACAAUCAACGUCCUUCUGUAAAUAACUUAACCCCAAAACAGCAACGUUUGUGUUAAUUAGGAACUUUUUAAUUAAUUUAACUUUUUAGUGUCCAGUCACGAGGAUGUGUGAGGGCUGUAACUAUCUAUUACUUUUAUUAAAAGCUUAGUUUGACACAUUUAUUAAAACAAUAAAUCCAUUAAUCGAGAUCAUGAAGUGAAGAUGUUUAUCACAAUUAAAGCUCAGUCACAACCCAAAAUAUCCACUAACGCACAAAGAGAAGCAACUACUGGACAUCAAUCAUUAUUUUAAAAUGGCUCGCUCUCUCUCUCUCUCUCUCUGUGUGUUUCUCUCUCUCUCCCCCCUCCCUCUCUCUCUUUAUGUAAAUGAAGGUCGCAGCUGAAUAAAUAUCUGCUGAUCAGAACGUUAAACAUGUUUGCGCCAAGACGCGCAAACAGCGCAGCGAGUGUCCACGAACAGCGGCGGAUUUGUUCGGAUUUGCAUCAAACAAACAUUCGCGACCAAAUCUUGUGUUUUUUUUAAUUCAAAGAGGGUUUGAGAGAGACACGAGACAGCUGCUCACCUUCAAACGGUGGAACCGUAUUGAAUGUUUAUUAUUGAAUGUGUCCUCUGAAGGAGAGCAGCUGAGGGCCGAGAUGGCGCAACGAGCAGGAGAAGUUUCUCUGCAGCAUCCAAUAAAUAACGAAACAACAAAAUGUUAAUACAAGUAGAAUAAAACAUAAAAAAGAGAAUUAUAUUUCAAAUCGCUUUGAACGCAUGAGCGACUCGUUUCAUUUCAUUCUCUGGAGUUCCUGCAGCUGUUUGUGCAGAAACUGUUUCUUGUAUUUAAAGCGUUUGUCAUUAAACGAGAGAGAGAGAAUAUUUCAUUCUCACUUCAGUUCACUUCUGUUUUCAGCUGCUGGUUGAAUUUACUGUUUUAGAGACAAAAACAUAGAGAAUAUUUUUCACUUAAAGUCAAACUGAGAUGCUUUAAAAUGCAGAAAGAUGCAAACAUGUUAAUUAGUUUAAGUUUAUAGAAGACAACCACCAGCACUUAAAAUGUAUUUUCUUGUUCUACUUGAUGCUUGUUUAUGUCUAUGUGGAGAGAAUAGUUUGAACUAGAAUCAUUAAGAGAUUAAUGUUGAAUUGUUACAGUGCAGAUGUGUUGGUUCACUGUAAACGACUCAAACACACAUCAGCUGGAUUUACCUUUCAGGACAAGUCGCACUUCAAUGUAUUCAAAUAUAAAAACAUCUUAGAAAUAAUCAUCAACCUUCUCUCCAGAUUAUAAUAAACUUUUCUAUCAACUAAAGAACAAAUAACUUUGUUUUCUCCUAAACUUUCUUUAAAUGUAACAUUCAUCAGAUUUUUCUACGUUUCCUCGUCCGACAAACAAAAGUAUAAAAAGACGAAUACAAACGAUAUCAUCUCAUAAUCUAUAAUCAAAUAGUUCCUCUCUUUGUUUGACACCUUUGUGUAUUUUUAGAGAUGCAAAUUCUUGGAGUUCUUUGUGUUCAUCUAAAAUCUUCUCAGAGUUCUACCAGUUUUAUUUUGAGGUCAAAUAUAUUUUAAAUCGUUUCUCACCCAAAAAAUGACAUGUCAUCAGUUCUUUAGUGUACGCAGGUUAUUGGACCAGUUCAUCACUGUGUGUGUGUGUGUAUGUGUGUGUGUGUGUGUGCGCGCGCGCGCGCGCGUUCAGUAGGCCGAUCGAUCGCACUGCGUCGCCCGUUGUCAGCCGGUGUGUGUGUGUGUGUGUGUGUGUGUGUGUGUGUGUGUGUGUGCGCGUGCGCGUGUGUGGUUUGUGAGGCCUCGAUAACGUCGAGGUCGGAAGGACCAGCAGAUGUUCUGAUAGCAGCUAGGCAUGCUGGGACUGUUUUCUUCUGUUUCCAUGCAGGACAGGAAGGAGAAAAACAACAAAACCGGUCUCUGAUUGGCUGUCGACUGUCGCCAGACUUUGGCUUCGCCAUGUGUUCAUAGGCCGAGCAGUGAGAGGUGAUACAGAGGAGGAUUGUGUUUACCUGGGAGGUUAAUCAGGGGUCAACUCUACACCUGAUGUGGGCGGAGUCUAAGGCCUCCGUCUCCGGUUUCUCUGUCAGAAAAAAAGGGUUUAUUUUGUUUUGUUUAAUGUCAAGUCUGGGCAACAUGAAGCCGGUAUAGCUGCAGUGGAUUUUCUCAUCUCCUGGUUUGACAUGCAGGUAAAUAAAGACACCUCGAAUCCUCCGUCCAAACUCGCAGAAGGUGAGAGUCCCGGUGGUUCCUGUGAGGAGUCCAGGUGGAAAGCAGCUUAGUCAUCCCCACACGAGGCACUGAGAGCGUUGGUGAGAUUCCCGGUGGGUUUAACAUACUUUAGAUUUAAGUUGAGUAGUGGACACAGUCGGGACCACGUCGAGCCUCUUUCCUUUAUCUUCUGGAGGGAAACUCGUCCCUCCACAGGAGAGGAAUCGCAGGAGGAUUUAGUCCUUUGGUCACCUGACUUC